UGUGUUUGAUUACUAUGUAUAGAAAUCAGGCAAAAAUACAUAUUUCAUAUUUUUUUAAACGUUUUCAUUUCGUAAACCGACAUUUUGGGAAAAACGUUUAAUGAUUUUAAAGAAAUUGAUAUUAAAUCAUUUUAAGUUAAAAUCUAUUUCCGGUUGAUUGCUAUGAAUACGUAGCUUUACGAAAAGCAACAGGUCUGGCAAGGCAGACAAGUACCAAAAAUAAAAGCGAUACACCUGAAGGGGAACAUAACAGUAUGACUCAAACUUUGAAAUUUCGUCUAAAAAACAUUUAAAAGUUUUUCGAAUAAAUGUGAACAUAUAGUCAUAAUAUUAAAAGAGUUAUUGAACGAUAAGAGAUACAACUGAUGGAUUAAAUUAUGAAUGGAUUAAAUAUUUGUAUAUGAAAUUAUUGUUAAGUACUUUUAUGAGCAAUGGCGGUGCUGAAUUUUUACUUGAUUUCGGCUCUAAGAAAUUUAAAUAUCUCACAGUGUAUAUAGUAACUCACGGAAUGUACGACGACGCUUUACACACAUGCACACCUAUUUAUAUUCAUGGCGCAGCUGACUUUCUCUAGAUGGAAUCAAUUUUGGAUAAGCAAAUACAGUUGUUGAGUGUAACAUUAGAAAAUAAAUAAACGCGAAUACAAAUAAAAAUAAAAAAAAACAGAAAACUUAAUGCAAAAUGGAUGAAUUGACGAGUUUUUUCAAGCAGGCGGGGAAAGAAUUCCUAAAUGCUGCCGGCGAUGCCGCAAUGGGUGCUGCAAAAGAAGUUGUUGGUUCGGUUAUUAAUGAAAUUUUCAUUAAAAAAGAGGCUGAUACCAAACGGGUUCUUCCAAGCAUUAAAAAUAUGCGCGUUCUUGGAGAAAGAGGCAGUGGUACACGUGUGCAAGCAGACGUCCAAGAUUUUGAGUCCAUCCGUAGAAUGUGCCUUGCGAGUGGAUCGCUGUUUGAAGAUCCAUUAUUUCCAGCCAACAACGAAUCUCUCAUGUUUUCACAACGACCUGAUCGACACAUCGAAUGGCUGAGACCCCAUGAGAUCGCUAAUGAUCCACAAUUCUUUGUGGAAGGCUAUUCGCGCUUCGACGUUCAGCAAGGUGAAUUGGGCGAUUGUUGGUUACUCGCCGCCACCGCCAAUUUGACUCAGGAUCCAAAUUUAUUCUUCCGCGUUGUGCCACCGGAUCAAAACUUUGAAGAAAACUACGCAGGCAUAUUCCAUUUCUGCUUUUGGCAAUAUGGAAAAUGGAUCGAUGUGGUGAUCGAUGAUCGUUUGCCGACAUAUCGUGGCGAAUUGAUGUAUAUGCAUUCCACUGAGAAUAAUGAAUUUUGGAGUGCGCUUCUGGAGAAGGCCUAUGCAAAAUUGCAUGGCUCAUAUGAGGCUUUAAAAGGCGGUACCACUUGUGAAGGUAUGGAAGAUUUUACAGGUGGUGUAACGGAAUGGUAUGACCUCAAAGAGGCACCACCAAACCUAUUCAAUAUUCUACAUAAAGCAGUUGAUCGUAAUUCUUUGAUGGGUUGCUCUUUGGAACCCGAUCCUAACGUUUUGGAAGCCGAGACACCCCAAGGCCUGAUUCGCGGUCAUGCAUAUUCUAUAACUAAAGUUUGCUUGAUUGAUAUCGCUGUGCCCAAUCGUCAAGGCAAAAUACCAAUGAUACGUAUGCGCAAUCCGUGGGGAAAUGAGGCCGAAUGGAAUGGUCCAUGGAGUGAUAGUUCGCCUGAAUGGCGAUAUAUACCUGAAGAUCAGAAGCAAGAAAUCGGUUUAACAUUUGAUCGAGAUGGUGAAUUUUGGAUGUCAUUUCAAGAUUUUCUAAAUCAAUUCGAUCGUGUUGAAAUUUGUAAUUUAUCACCCGAUUCCCUCACGGAAGAGCAACAAAAUAGUGGCAAACGUAAAUGGGAAAUGUCCAUGUUUGAGGGCGAAUGGACGCUCGGUACAACAGCUGGUGGUUGUCGUAACUUUUUAGAUACUUUCUGGCUUAAUCCUCAGUAUGUAAUAACACUAAGAGAUCCGGAUGAGGAUGAUGACGAUGGCAAGUGUACCGUUAUUGUGGCGUUAAUGCAAAAAAAUCGACGUUCAAAACGUAAUAUGGGUAUGGAAUGCUUAACAAUCGGUUUCGCUAUCUAUCAUCUAUCCGAAGAAGAUUUGCAGACCAGACCGCAAGAUAUAAAUUUCUUCAAAUAUCGUGCAUCGAUCGGACGUUCACCGCACUUUAUAAAUACCAGAGAGGUUUGUGCACGCUUUAAACUUCCGCCUGGUCAUUAUUUAAUCGUACCAUCAACAUUUGACCAGAAUGAGGAAGGUGAAUUCGUUAUUCGUGUUUUCUCGGAAACUCAGAAUAACAUGGAAGAGAAUGACGACCAUGUUGGAUAUGGAAGCCCGACCGAUGAUAAGGUGUCGCCAAACUUUCCAAGUCCGAUCGAUCCAAAACCAACGGACUCACAUAAUGAAAGUCUUUUAAAACUUUUCAAAAGUAUUGCUGGUCCAGACAUGGAGGUUGAUUGGGUGGAAUUGAAACGAAUACUGGAUCAUUCGAUGAAAGAUGAUUUACCAAAGAGUUCAAGUUAUACGCCUUACAAUUAUAAUCUACAAAACGCAGAUAUAGGUGGUGGUGCUGCGCCAGAGGUGGGCGGCGGUGGUCUAAAUAUAUUAGCGCUUCUUUGCGGUCCAUUUUGUAAAGGUACCCCGUUUGAGAGCAUGUUUGCUGAUGGCAAUGAACAAAGCCAAACAAACACGAAUCAUGUCAAACCCGGCAAUGUGGGGUUGCCACCAGUUAUGCUAGAGGAGAAUACUGGAUUUUCUAAAGACGUCUGUCGCUCGAUGGUUGCCAUGAUGGAUGUCGAUCAAUCGGGUAAAUUGGGUUUUGAAGAGUUCGAAUCCCUACUAACCGAUAUAGCAAAAUGGAAAGCGGUGUUUAAACUCUAUGACACCGAACAAACCGGACGCAUUGAUGGUUUCAAAUUGCGCGAUGCGCUCACCUCAGCUGGCUAUCACCUCAACAAUCGUAUACUCAACGCCCUGGCACAUCGAUAUGGAUCACGUGAUGGCAAAAUUUCAUUCGAUGAUUUCCUCAUGUGUGCAGUCAAAAUUAGAACUUAUAUUGAUAUAUUCAAAGAGAGGGACACCGAAAACAAAGAUGUGGCUACAUUCAGCAUGGACGAAUGGAUUGAAAAAACUAUAUAUUCAUAAAAUAAUUUUCUUCACUCAAAAUCUAGAGGAACUUUUAAAGCUUUUAAAUUUUUGAACAAACUCAUAGCCGAAAAGAUGAUGAAUCUCAUUACUCGAAUUCAAGAACAUUCAACACCAAUACUCAUCCGUUAAAUAUGAAUUAAAGUACACACUUGCAUACAUCUAUUCACUUCAGCAAAUGGCUAAUUGGAAAUAACGAAUCUCACUUAACGAAUGUCUAUGCUAUCUGUAUCAGCUAUUGCGUCUCUGCUAAUUACUUCCAAAAUAUGAAACUUAUAGAUUUAUAUAUCUCUCCCUCUCACACUCUAUUUCGAAACAUGCUCAUAUGGCCAAAGUAAUAAUGCUAUAGAGAAAUAAUCCUCGAUUUGUCCUUUGAAAUUGUUUAAAUUUAAUUUUCUGCAUUUAAAACGCGUUUUAGGCAAUGUGUAGAUUUGCAAGCAUACAAAGAAACAUAUUUUUUUUUCUAUAAUUCAAAUAUUUCUAUAAUUCUAACAUCCAAAUACACAAACAACCUUUAUUCUUAAAAAUACAACAGUUUGGCAUAUAUAAUUAUAAGAAAGCCCACUUGGAAUUUCCUUUGUAUGUAUGCAUAUUAAUGCAUUAGUUGUAUCACAUAAGCAAUUUCAUGUGUUGCACUUCCCUUGUAAAAAGAAUGCUUCCUUCUGUUUCACAGUAAUAUUUUCAUAGCAAAUUUUCCAUUAAUGCAGAGUUUUUACAAUAACUGCAAAACUCAUAUUACCUCGUUCAAUAUUUAACAAAGGAAAGACAGAACAAGUUGUAGUUAUCGUUGACAGGAUAAAUAAAUACGUAAAUGUUUAUUUUUUAUUUAAAACUGUAUUCAAUAUAUUAAACAAAUAGAACUUAAAUGCUGUAUUUUUGUAUUGCAAUUUUUUAAUUCUGAGAUAUUGUUACAAGAUCUGUUGCAAUAAAAUAAAUAAUUAUAUAUAAUAUUAAAAUUAAAAGUUGCUGCCUAGUUAAGUGAAUUAGUUAAGGGGUUAUAUACAGGUAGAAAAAAUCGAUUUUUUUUCUUAAUGUACAUACAUAUAUUUAAGAAUACACACAGAAAAUUUAAUAUCGUUCCGGUGAAUAUUUUCGAAGUUACACGCAAAUUUGAAAAGGCGUUCAGAGUGCUUGAAAGUACAAGGCCGGAGCGGCAGCACAUUUUUCUCAAAAUAGUGUUUUCAAAGUCGGUGACCAACAUUACUCGAAAACGGCUAAACCGAUUAGUAUCAAAUUUUAACACGACUUUCUUAAAUAUAUUUUUAGUAAUUAAUCGAAGAUAUUUUCUCACUGAUAAAUAUUUUUUUUUAUAAACAAUUUAAGACCGAAAUUUUGGUCGAAAAACGAUUUUUUUCUUUGAGAAAAAAAUUAUUUUGCUUAUUCCUUUGAUUAAUUACUAGAUGCAACAUUACUUUUUGGUUUUUUAAUUUCAGAGGAUCCAGUUCAGAGAUAUAGUGGUCAUCGCAAAACGUCUUUUUU